GCCAUUCCCCUUUCUCCUCCUUCCUUCGGGGACACAAAUCUCAUUACCCAAAUUCCCAAGACCUACCUGAUUCUUCCCCAUCAUCCUCACUCCCUUCCCCACGGCCUUCCCCUUUCCCCUCCUUCCUUCGGGGACACAAAUCUCAUUACCCAAAGUUCCUACGCCUCCCACCGGCUUCCCCAUCCUCCCCACCUUCCCCACAUCCUUCCCCACGCCUUUUCCCCCUCACCUCCACCCUUCAUCAGCCUAGGAAGAGGUACUCAGGCCUCACCGCAGCGCUAGUUGGCAGAGAAGGUGACGGGGAGAGAUGGGAGACGCCUGACAAUGUUACCAUAUCCGGGGGUUCCUCUUACACCUUCAGGGAGGAUAAUGCUGAUAAUUCCUCCUCCUCUUACUUCUAUUACUCUUCCUCUUCCUCUUCUUCCUCCUCCUCUUCCUCUUCGUUGUUGGAUCCGUGUGACUUCGAGAUGGUCGCCAACGGAAGUGACGUCAACGAUACCUGUGACCUGGGGGAAUUGGACAGGUCCAGCCAGGUGGGGGUGCUCAUGGGUCGGGAGUGGGUACGCAUCGUGGGCUUCUCCCUGAUCUUCGUGGUGGGCGUGGUGGGCAACGUGCUGGUGGUGGUCACGCUCCUGCACCACCGCAACCUCCGCUCCCUCACCAACGUCUUCCUCCUCAACCUGGCUGUGUCGGAUCUCCUGCUGGGGGUGUUCUGCAUGCCCUUCACCCUCGUCGGCUCACUCCUGCAGGACUUCGUGUUCGGGGCCCUCAUGUGUCGCCUCAUCCCCUACAUGCAAGCCGUGUCGGUCUCUGUCUCCGUGUGGACGCUCGUGGCCAUAUCUCUCGAGCGCUUUUACGCUAUCUGUCAACCGCUUCGAUCACGCCGCUGGCAGACCCCAUCCCACGCGUACAAGGUGAUCGCGGGGGUGUGGGCUGCCUCCCUUCUCCUCAUGACCCCCAUCGCGGCCCUCUCCACCCUCAUGCCCGUCCGCGGUGACCCAGGACGCCACAAGUGCAGGGAGGUGUGGGUGAGCCUGGAGGCGGAGAGGACCUUCACCAUCCUCCUGACGGUGCUGCUGCUGCUGGUGCCCCUCGUGGUGAUGGCCGCAGCGUACCUGAGAGUGGUGAGGACCCUCUGGCUGGGCCCUCACCUGCCCGGGGCCACGACCAAGGCUGACGGGGAUCUGUGUGGAGCCGCGUCAGGAGUGAAGGUGGAAGCUGCGUCGCCAUCACGUCUCGCCAGCGUCUCCGUCAGGUUCCGGAGGGCGCUACCACCGCGGGGUUCUGACGGGUCUGUGAGCGACCCUCAGCAGCCGGCGCAGGAGAACGCGAGUACACGAGGCAGCCCGCAGCAGGCGGCGGUAGCCCUGGUGGACGGUCCCCGUUUGGAGCACGUCUGCUACGGGAGCGGCGUGCCCCCAGCUGGCGGGUCUCGGCGGUGGGAGAGCGAGGGCGGCGCGAGGUGGCGGCCCCUGCGGUCGUCCCAGGCGCAGCGCAGCCUGGUGGCCAAGCGCCGCGUGGUGCGCAUGCUGUUCGUAUUGGUGGCGGAGUUCUUCAUCUGCUGGACGCCGCUGUUCCUGGUCAACCUGCUGUCCCUCUACAUACCCCGCCAGGUGUACGCCGCCCUCGGCAGCUUCGGCGUGUCCUUGGUGCAACUGCUCGCCUACCUCUCGUCCUGCUGCAACCCGCUCACCUACUGCUUCAUGAACGCCAAGUUCAUCCAGAGUUUCAAACUGGCCUUCGCCUGCACUAGGCGCAGGCCUCAACCCUCGCUCCGCGGCGUCGCCCUCGUCAGCAGCUUCCGCAGCGUGGGCGUCAGCUGCCACCCUGACCCUGCCCCACUGCGCGCCUCGCCGGGGCACGCCCCCGCCUACAGGAAUGGCGCCACUCACGCCGCCUCGCAAGGGACCAACGUGUAGCUGUGAGUAGUGAGGGGGCGAGGAACUCCCUGGUGACCCUAACGAAGGAUUGUGUGUCAGGACGUCAGGACUGAUUCCUCUUAAUGAGGUGACAGCGUGGGCAGGCCGGCGGCUUGUGGUGGUGAUGGUGGUGGUGGUGGUGGAAGUGAAAGUCACCUCUCAAAGGUAAUGAGGACGUAGAGGACCUCUUGUUACGUAAUGAAGACUGAAAGUGGUGCAGACAUUGCUCACAGCGGUGAGCGGUGAGGGGAAGGCAGGAAGAAAUCAUUAGCCAACCGUGGAAACGGAAAUGUCCACAGCACUUACCGAUUAUUUCUCUCCGUAAUCCUUCGCUUCCCCGACCUGAUGAUCUCUUAUGAGCUGAAGAACAUUAUCAUUGCCUGACGCUCUUUCCGCCGACCCCACGUGUGUGUGUGUGUGUGUGUGUGUGUGUGUGUGUGUGUGCUGGAGAUAGGCUUAGUGUAGCACACGUGGCGUGGCUAGGGGUCUGCUGAGAGGCCGAGGACACCCUAGAGGGGAACAAGUUAUCUUUUGGGGAAGGAGUGUAUGGCUGUACAUAAUCAUCCAAUUUACCAAAUAACAUGGCAUUUACUUUCAGAUUAUCAUAUUAGGACCCAUUAGGAAUCGAGUUUUUCUCAAUGGGCUAAGGUCCCCUAUGCCCCCACCCCCCACAUAGCUACGCCACUGAGGACUCGGGGGCAGUGGAGACUGUGCAGUGAUGAAGGCGAUGAGGGGAGGGAAGAGGGAACCGGUCGUGCUCAGCAUUUUCAGUACCUCACACAAGUACUUAAAAACUGGCAAGCCUCGACAAAGCUUAAUAUCACACCUGGAUGACGUUAAUGGACACUGUAAGGCCAUGCCAGUCACUAAGCCAAAUUAAUUGAUAAGCGGAAGGCGUGGGCGACAACGCCACACUAACGAUGCACACGUCGGGUCCUGCCUCCUAUGUUCACUAAAAUAAAAUGAACACAAAUGGAUCCACUACUAUUCUCAUCCAUAUCAUCUGUUUCAUCGUACCACGUGUUUGUGUGAAUAUACUGUACACUUUGCUUUUUCUUCCCCCAAACGCUCUUGUGCGGGAAACUGGGAACCCUUGUAAGCCUUCAACGUCGUGGGCCAAGGCUACUGAGGUCCCAAAGAGAGGAAGUGUUGUAUAUAAGUGUUUCAGCUGUGCCAGGGUUGGACAGUGUAGUAGAAGGUGUGUAACAUAUUUAGGUUGUUAUAUGCUGGAGUUCUGACCAUUGAGAAUAUGUGAAAAUGUAUAAAAGAAUAUAUAUAUCG